AUGGGUCUGUUUGAGGGACACUUGGAAGGUGUUGAAGCAGAGGAUGGGCCAAUAAGAAAUGGCCUUAUUGGGAAGAAGCCACCCUCCAUCAACCCUGAGAGACUGAAAGAUUUUGGUGAGGAGGAUUACCUGAACGGGGAUGUGAAGACCUGGGAAAUGAAGAUAGUGAGCCGUAAUGAGGAGUUACUUAGGGAUGCCCUUUCCCGCAUCCCUCAGUCAAGCAGUAGGACCAGCCUGACAAGCUCUAACAAGCUGAUUCGAUUUGAAGAUAUUAGUGCAGCAGCUUUCAAAAUCCAGUGCGGUGUUCAGAAAACCCCCUGCAUGUAUUCUAGGCUAUCCAAGCAGUAUGGAAUGGACAUCUACCUAAAGAAAGAGUUCCUCCAGUACACGGGAUCUGUGAAGGAACGAGGUGUACUUUACCUUCUGACAUCAUUGCCUCAGGAUCAGCAAAGAAAGGGUGUGAUCGUGGCUUCGGACAGUAACUUUUCCAUGGCUGUUGCUUACCAUGCCUCAGAGCUCCGUAUUCCAGUGUUUGUCAUCAUGUCAACCAGCACGUCCCCCGCCAGAGUGAAAAUGUGCCGUGAGUACGGUGCCAUGGUUAUAUCCUAUGGCACUACAGCUAAGGAUUCCCAGACGCACGCAAGAAGGUUGGCGCAGGAGAAUGGUUACCUCUACCUCGAAGAGGAGGAUAGUGCUGUCUACCUGUCGGGCCUGGGAACCGUGGGGCUGGAGGUGUACGAGCAGGUGCCAAAGCUGGACGCAGUGAUUUUCCCUGCAGGAGGCCACUGUGGCUUGCUGGCAGGCUCGGCUGCUGCACUCAAACACCUCAACCCACAGAUUUCUGUAAUUGGGGUCGAAUCUGAAAGUUUCCCUGUACUGCAACAAUCCUUAAAGGCUGGCCACCCAAUGGAAGACCAGGCUUGCAGCAAUCAUCACUUUUAUGGAGAUGUGAGCGGGCUUUGCUUUGGCAGCAAUUCUUUGCAGCUGACUGGGAAACUUGUGGAUAAAGUUGUUGCUGUGAGGGAGGAGGACAUCCUCAUUUCGAUGCUGAGAUUGCUGGAGUAUGAGCGAUCCACGGUUGAUGCAGAAGGGGCCAUUGGACUUGCAGCGUUGGUUGCAGGGAAGCUGCCCGAGUUGAAGGGUAAAAGGGUUGAGAUGGAUUUAAUUAAUGGCUACAGAAAGCCUUGA